AUGCGCCGCAGCGGCCCCGGCUGGCGGGGCGGCGCCAGUGCGCGUCAUGUAUCUGGGCUCCAAGAACUUGUGACUGCAUAUGGUCUGAAGGAAACUGAUGAAAGAGAGUGGUUUCCACUGCACAAGGUUGCAGGACGGCCAAUUCCACAAGUGUUUGAAGUCACUUUAGAUGACAAGAAAGAUUGUGGAGAAGUCAAGGCCUUAGCAGAUGAUCCUGCAUCAGUAUUGUCUCAAGCAGCUGAAGGACGUAUUCUAGACUGCACAGCUCUGCUUUUGAAAAAUGGAGGAAGUUGCAAUGUGCCUGGUGAAGCAGGACUGCUUCCCAUACACAAAGUGGCUUGUGAGGGGAAUUGCCUGAGCAGGAAAUAUCUCAUUGCAGUCACAUCCCAAACUUUAAUCCAGAAUAGUGGGUCAAGCACUAUUCACUCUGCUGUAGAUGGCCAGUGUCUAGAGCUUGUAAUUGAAAAUAGUUUGGAUGUUAACAUUCUCUUGUCUGAGCACAUAACUUCAAAUACUUAUGGUGACAGAAGGGAGACUGCACUUUGUUGUGCUGUUUCUAAUAACAAGAUUCUUUGUACCAAAAUAUUGCUCAAAGAAGGAGCAAAUCUAAACAAGGAUCCUUUCAACUGUCUCAUGGCAGUGAGAGCUGACAGCCAUGGAAUUGUAAAGCUACUAUCUUAUGGAGAAGAUGUCAACUUAAUUUUGUUGCUCAAUGAUACACAUUUCCCCAGCAUCUGGUAUUCUUAGACUGAUGACAUGAUGCUGAGGCUGUUGUUCAGUCAUGGAUAUAAUGUGGAGAUGUGUUUGGACUUUAUGUGUCAGGGUAUCUUUGGAAAUUCUUUUGUGUGGCCUGCUCCAGAGCAUGAGCCUGUUCCUGGUUGGACUUCUUCUUCAGUGAAGGAUAAAUGAUUCUGUGAGUUUAUUGCUGUUCCAUGAUUGAGAUAUUUAGCUGGAAAAGUGGCUUGUGUUUUUAUGGAUUGCAUGGAUUAUGUGCCUCUAAGCACAAGAAUUCAGUUUUUCAUAGAAGCACAGGAAGAAUGA